CUUUCGUGACUUUCACUCUCAACAUGACCACUCAUAACAUGCCAAUACCGGAACCAACAAAGCACCACCACCACCACCUCUCACUCCUCCUGAUCCUCUUCCUCCUCUGCUUCAAUGCCACCGCUACUCAACAAUUCCGGGAAGCCCCCAAGUUCUACAAUUCCCUUACCUGUCCUUCUAUUCCUGCUACCGCCGAGCAGAGCUCAGAUGAGGCUGUUCACGUCGCAAUGACCCUCGACGCCGCUUACCUCCGUGGCUCAAUGGCCGCCAUUCUCUCCGUCCUCCAACACUCUUCCUGCCCUGAGAACAUCAUUUUCCACUUCGUCUCCUCCUCCUCCGCUUCCUCUAACCUUCUCAGCACCACCAUCUCCAACUCUUUCCCAUACUUGAAGUUGCGGGUCUACGCCUUCGACUACUCGGCCGUGUCGGGACUCAUCUCCACCUCGAUCCGAGCCGCCUUGGACUGUCCUCUCAACUACGCCCGAAACUACUUGGCCAAUAUCCUCCCUCUAAGCGUCAGGCGCGUCGUCUAUCUCGAUUCUGACUUGGUCCUGGUCGACGACGUUGCCAAGCUCGCUGCGACCCCGCUAGGUGACCGAGCUGUCCUCGCCGCACCCGAGUACUGCAACGCGAACUUCACUUCAUACUUCACACCGACGUUUUGGUCCAACCCGUCUCUGUCCAUGACCUUCGCGGGUCGCGACGCGUGUUACUUCAACACCGGCGUGAUGGUCAUUGACUUGCAGCGGUGGCGAGCGGGAGACUACACGACUAAGAUAGUGGAUUGGAUGGAGCUCCAGAAACGAAUGCGGAUCUACGAGCUGGGCUCGCUGCCACCAUUUUUGUUGGUUUUCGCCGGGAAUAUAGCUCCGGUGGAUCACAAAUGGAACCAGCACGGUCUUGGUGGAGACAACUUUCGUGGGCUGUGCCGGGAUUUGCAUCCCGGUCCGGUGAGUCUGUUGCAUUGGAGCGGGAAGGGAAAGCCGUGGGAUCGGCUAGACGCGAACCUGCCAUGCCCGUUGGACGCGUUGUGGGCUCCUUACGAUCUCUUAAAGACACAGUUUGCUCUCGAGUCUUAGAAAUUAUAUAUAUUGUAUAUCAAUCUUCACUUAAUAAGGUUUUUUCCAUUUUUACUUUUGAGACUUUCAUGAGAGGAAUUAGGCAAUGGUUUAGUCUAAUAUCAGGUGAAUAGAAAUCUUAAAACAGAUCUCUUCACUCUGAGCCUCGUUUGCAGAUUGAUACAUAUACAUAUACAUAUCAGUGAGUGAAGUUCGACGUUUUUGUACAUUUAAUUAUACUGUGUAUUAACAUUAUAUCUUACAGAAUGAUCAAGCUUUUUGUUUUUCCA